GAACAGAGACAGGCGGGUGGGGGAGGGGAAGAGAGGCGGGCUAAGAAGCCCGCCCUUUUUCUUUUCAGUUCUCAAUCAGGUCGCCAAGCACACACACUACACGUCGUCUCGGCUCUGCUAAGGUGCCUUGAGUCUGCUGUCACCAUGUCUGGUCGCGGUAAAGGCGGGAAAGGGCUGGGGAAAGGGGGUGCUAAGCGCCACCGUAAAGUGCUUCGGGAUAACAUCCAAGGGAUCACCAAGCCGGCUAUUCGUCGCUUGGCUCGACGUGGAGGCGUGAAGCGUAUUUCGGGAUUGAUUUACGAAGAGACCCGCGGAGUGCUGAAAGUGUUCUUGGAGAACGUGAUUCGGGACGCUGUCACUUACACCGAACAUGCCAAGCGAAAGACCGUCACGGCGAUGGAUGUUGUUUAUGCCCUGAAGCGCCAGGGUCGUACUCUCUAUGGUUUUGGCGGCUAAAGGGCUCACUAAAGGCGACAGAACAAUACAGGCUCUUUUAAGAGCCCCCCCACGCUUUCUCAAUAAGAGCUGUGAUCAGUGUGUUUUGUUCUCACGU